GAGAAAGAGAGAGAGAGAGAGAGAGAUUGUUAGAAUGAAGUACGUUCUGGUGACCGGAGGUGUGGUCAGUGGGCUCGGCAAAGGAGUCACUGCGAGCAGCAUAGGUGUCGUACUCAAAGCGUGUGGUCUGCGUAUCACCUCCAUCAAGAUCGAUCCUUACUUGAAUACGGAUGCCGGCACCAUGUCCCCGUUUGAACAUGGCGAGGUGUUUGUUCUUGACGAUGGUGGAGAGGUUGAUCUGGAUCUUGGAAAUUAUGAGCGCUUUGUAGAUGUGACCCUUACAAGAGACAACAACAUUACCACAGGAAAAAUUUAUCAGUCUGUCCUUCAGAAGGAAAGAAGAGGUGAUUAUCUAGGGAAAACUGUUCAGGUAGUUCCACAUAUCACAGAUGCCAUUAAGAACUGGAUUGAAUCUGUGUCUGCCAUUCCUGUUGAUGGAAAAGAGGGCCCGGCAGAUGUAUGUGUGAUAGAGUUGGGAGGGACUGUAGGUGACAUCGAAUCAAUGCCAUUUAUUGAGGCUUUGCGACAAUUGUCUUUCUCAGUUGGGCAAGACAACUUCUGUCUCAUUCAUGUGAGCCUUAUACCAGUUUUGGGUGUAGUUGGUGAGCAAAAAACAAAGCCAACGCAACAUAGUGUACGAGAAUUGAGGGCGUUAGGCUUGACUCCUCACCUGUUAGCGUGUAGAUCAGCUCAGCCUUUGUUGGAAAAUACGAAGGAGAAACUUUCACAAUUUUGCCAUGUCCCUGCUGGUAAUAUUCUCAAUAUUCAUGAUGUUCCAAACAUCUGGCAUGUUCCUUUACUACUUAAGAACCAAAAUGCUCACAUUGCCAUUCUUAAACAGCUGAACUGUCUUAGCAUUGCUACACAUCCUGAUUUACAUGAGUGGAUGAAGAGAGCAGAGACAUUUGAUAAUCUCACAAACUCUGUAAGAAUUGCAAUGGUUGGCAAAUAUAUUGGCUUAACAGAUUCAUAUUUGUCUGUUGUGAAGGCUCUCCUGCAUGCCUGUAUUUCAUGUUCUUUGAAGCCAUCAGUUGAUUGGAUUGCGGCUUCUGAUCUUGAAGAUGAAAGUGCAAAAUUGACACCAGAAGCUCAUGCUGCUGCAUGGGAGACUCUAAAGAAUGCAUCAUGUGUCUUGGUUCCUGGUGGAUUUGGAGAUCGUGGCAUCAAAGGAAUGAUUCUGGCUGCAAAAUAUGCGAGAGAAAAUCGUGUUCCCUAUCUUGGGAUUUGCCUGGGAAUGCAGAUUUCUGUCAUUGAGUUUGCUAGAUCUGUUUUGCAUUUGAGCAAAGCAAACAGCACAGAGUUUGAUGAGAGCACACCUGAUCCUGUUGUAAUUUUCAUGCCAGAGGGCUCCAGGACGCAUAUGGGAAGUACAAUGAGACUAGGAUCUCGAAGAACAUUCUUUCAGACUCCGGACUGUAUUUCUUCUAAGCUAUACCAUAAUUCAGAGUAUGUGGACGAGCGUCAUCGACAUAGAUAUGAGGUAAACCCUGAUGUAGUUGACAAGCUAGAAGAAGCUGGCCUAAAAUUUGUAGGAAAAGAUGAAAGUGGAAAGAGAAUGGAGAUUUUAGAACUUCCAAGUCAUCCAUUCUAUGUGGGAGUGCAGUUUCAUCCAGAAUUCAAGUCACGGCCUGGGAGGCCUUCUGCUCCAUUUAUAGGUCUCAUACUGGCAGCAACAGGACAGUUGGAAGCAUUUAUUAGUAGGCAUCAAAAUGGAAGUUAACAUGGUACUUGGUGAUAUUUUGAUAGCUGGCUCAUUCUUUAGAAG